CGUCAUACUCUGCGAUUGCUACAACUUUCAAUGUCUGGAAUUCUCCACGGAUAACUAGCUAAUGCGUAUUUCGGUUAUCAUCAUGGCUUACCUUUAUUGUUUGUUUGCUGCUUGUGUCCACUAUUCAGUCCUUUGUCAUUGGAUGUUUGUUGGAGCUACAGGUAGUCUAACCUCAGCAUCCAAUCUUGUUCAGAGCUCAGUUGUCACACACUCAUUUGAAAGAAAGACCUCCAUUCCCGCUCCAAGCAUAACUGUGACUUCUACCAAGAUGGCCGUUACAUCAUCAUCUUCCUCUGUUUUACCUUCUCCCAGUAAGACUAGCAAACCUGGUAACUUGACUGUCACAGCUUCAUUUAAUGGAACUGUUACACCUCAGAACAUGACUAUCACACCUUCACACAUGACCACAGCAGUACUUAACAGCAGUGUAAUGCCACCUAGUACUGGAUCAAUCAGACCAACCCCUGUGUCCACUGUGUUACCAUCAUCUACUGUGCAUCCCACACCUACCUCACUCCCACCAGCACCAGGCAACUUUACAGUGAAAUACAAUGGUACAGUCUGUUUGUUUGCUUAUAUGGCAGCAAAAUUUGAUGUCACAACCAGUUCAAAGAAAUUAACCUUUGAGCUUCCAAAAAAUGCCAAGUCAAGUGGUGAAUGUGACACCAGAAGCAAAGAUCACCCUUUCAUCAAAUUAAGCUGGAGCACUCACAGUCACGAUUGUAGCUUCACCAUGCACUUUGAGAAAUUUUCUAAAGACACAACAACAAAUACAGUGACUCAGUACUGGAUGGCUGCUAAUUUAACAUUCUCAGUGAAAUUCAACAACUCUACCACUGUAUUCCAUUCUGUCAAAGAGACAUUCCAUGCACUGUCUGCUGGCAUUGGUGAUGCUUAUGCCUGUCCAUCUGCUCCUGCCAUCAAUCUUACAGCUAAGAAAUCCAGUGCUGAAGUUACUUUGACUAGAUUUAAGUUUCAACCCUUUGGUGUAAAAAGUGGGCAUUUUGGCAAUGUGACAAAUUGUGUUCUCCCAACGAGUCCAACUGCAUCUCCGUCUACAAGUCCACCGAAAACAAAGCAGCCGAAUAGGCACACGGUAGCCAUUGCAGUUGGGUGUUCAUUGGCUGGGCUUGCUCUUGUUGUUGUCAUUGGCUACUUGAUUUGGCGACACUGUAGCCGCAACAAUCAAGGAGGAUACCGCAAGUUGUAAUGCACUGCAAGAAUGAUAGCCCGCAAGCAUUUAUUAAGGUGCAUCAUUAGUUAUUUUUGAUAGAUAUGGUGAGGAAAAUUAGUGUAAUUGUAGUACGUAUAAUGGUACCCAAAUUCAGGAGAUAAAGUAACUUUAGGGAAAAGAGAUUGUAGUCGUUCAUCCAGGUGAAUAAACUUGUUGUAAAGUAUAACUGUAUAUCAAGUUGUAGUCACUUCCAAUGUGGAAGGAGAAUAAGAAGUUUUUAGGAAUAACAAACCUUUAAAAGGUGUAUGUUAGGUUAGUGGGUUUGAAUAAGUAUUUUGAUGAAAUCAUUGAGUUAUAGGUUUUAGAACUAAAUACUUCACAUUAAUUAAAAGUGACAAUACUGUUUUUCUUUUUUUUUCUUUUUUUUUUAGUUUGAUCCUAAAAAUGUGCCACUGUAGGUUAUAGUAAGGUAUAGGGUUCAAUAUUUUCCUCGUCAUUUUUAAUCUUAAUCAGUAAAUAAGUUACUGAAGACCGUGCCUGUUACAUGAUGGUUUGGUAGUUUUAUGACAGGAAGAAUCAAUAACUAGACCUUGGAAGUUUGAGGGCCUUGUCCCUGGGGACCCUGAGUAGGAUAGCCAUUGGGUGCAUUGGGGUCAAUGAUUUGCAUAUUCUGGAGUAAUGAAAUCGCAUAGGAGUUACAAGGAAUGAUACGUUUUCAAUACUCUGAAACUCUGUAUUGAUUUAGGCUUGACAACUAGCCGCUGUACGGGAAAUUAGCCUAUGGCGCUAUUUCUUCUCUCCGUAGAAGCAGACUCUGGUAAAUUAAGUAUCGCUACAGUCUUCAAACUACCUCUUACGCAUUAGGUAAUUAGUUAUCAACGGAGCCAGACGUUCCCAAACAAAAGAUAAAUGUUUGACGAAAGGGAGGAUCUUCCAAUAUGUCACGCCUUAGAAAGUAACAUUUCGGUGGGUCACGUUUUGUUUAGGUACGUCACAGGUCACUUCCGGAGCUUAACAAUAGUCUAGUAUUUCCCGCUAUCAUUAUUGUCUUAUCUCCCUUAGAGAGCAGUGAAGAUAUGAUUAAAAUGGUUUCGCACAAAACAG